AUGAUGGGACACCUGCUGAUGCGAGGAUGGAUCCUCGCCUCGUUAUUGCUGCAAGCGAGCGUCGCCGUGACAGUGGCUGUUGAGCCAGCAGCUCUCAAGGUCCUUGCCCAGCCGCAGGCCUUGCACACCGAGUUAUUCAUCUUCUGUUCCUUCUUCGAAGGCAGCAACACCCACGCCAUCAAUCAUCGUGGUGCCCUCGUCGAGUCUAGUCCCCUCACCCUCUGCUCCGUCGGUGAGGGAGUCGCCAAUUCCCAGCUCAAGGCCGGUACCAAGUCGCUCGGCGGCUUCCCACCCGCAUUGGAGCUAUGUAUCCCGGCCUUUGCCUCAGCGAAGCCAGUGCUCGGCGUCUUCCGGAGCUAUCCCGGGCUCUUCACUCCCUGUUUCCAUAUCCUCUCAGAGCACAUCCAGCGCAGUCCCUGCGCCAACUACUGUUUGGACCAGACUUCCCCAGAUGAGUCUUUCCACGUCCUCGUCGGCUGCAACAGUCACCGACUCUUCCAUGCUGCAGUGGACCACAUCGGCAGUUCUCUCUACUCAACCACCUCUGUGACCACGGAGACCAUUGUGGUGUCUACCACAAUAUGCCCAGUCACCGAGGCCGCAGGAAUGACUCGGACGGAUUCUGUCUCGCCGACAGUAACGGACAGUGCUGCCAACAAGGGUCAUGGUAGUGGUGGAUUAGACUUCACAACCUCCACUGUUUUCAGCACUCGCACUGCUACGGUAACUGCGUGCCCUUCCUCGGUAACGAACUGCCCGCUUAGGUCGAAAACAACCUAUGUGACUACCGAGAUCUUGGUAGUCUCUACCACUGUGUGCCCCGUAGCUGACAGCACUGGUAACAAUGGUGCCAUGAUUACCGAGACCGCACAUCCUCCGGCUACCGUGGCUGUUGGUAACAGCGGGGGUAGCAUGGGUGAUUCUGACAUUACCACUUCGACGAUCUGGAGCACUCGUAUCAUUACCGUGACUGCAUGUCCUUCUUCUGUGACGAAUUGUCCCCUGAGGUCAAAGACAACUUAUGCGAGCACUGAGACGCUGGUUGUCGGCACAACUGUGUACUCAGUCCCUAAGAUCACAAGCACCAAGGCGAACGGUUCUCUGCCAUCCGCCACAGGAGUAUCCGAGGUUGGACCAUCGCUUACCACUUCUACCAUACUGAGCACCCACAUUGCAACAGUUGCGGGCUGCACUGGAGAUAACUGCAGUGGCUCUCCACCCAGAGGCGGUUAUGCCACGUCGGAGACCUUCGUUGUAGCAACGACCGUCUUCACCGUAUAUCCAGAUCACACAUCCGUUCCGGCCGAAGGUGUUGAUCCUGUGACUGUUCCUACAACUUCUGUCGCAAGCCACCAAGCUAGCAACUCAGCCGGUAGCACCACUAAUUUUGUGUCAUCUGAAUCGCAACUCAUCUCUGCUGGCGACACUACCUCUCAGGGUACAGGCUCAAGCGCAGGCUCAAGCGCAGGCUCAAGCGCAGGCUCAAGCGCAGGCUCAAGCGCAGUGUCCAAUGCCAGUUCAGGUGCAGACACAGACGCGAUCUACACCACUACGAUUACUGUCGAAUCAUGCUCCAAUGACGGGACCUGUACCGAAUACGGCACUACCAUCACAAUGGCCCAGACUUCCAAUGUUGCUCAGCCCACAGUGUCUGCUUCCCCGUAUUCGUACACCCCACACUUUGGGUCAGGGUCAGGAUGGAACCAGACUGCUCCCGCCUCUUCAGCACCUGGCAUGAGUUCAGCCAUGGAUACUAUUAGCGCGUUGUAUACCGGGGCUGCUUCUGCAGGUUUUCGGCGGUCGUUGCUGCAGGUGGUUGGAACGGUGAUGGCGAUGCUUUGGAUUACCUUCGUAUAG